AUGUCAGCACCUUUCUUCAUCAAUAGUCAAUCUGUUUUAUUACUGGGAUUGAUAAUUACAACAAUAGCUGCUGUUCAAAUACCAAAAUGUUUUAAUGAUGUUAGUGGAAUUUAUUUAAGAAAAUUCAAUACUGGUAACGAUUACUCACUGCUCUUUUACUUUCCAUUGGGUGGUGUAUUACAGCUGGAUUCUACUGCAAAAUUAAAUUCAAAUCAAUAUUUCAGUGAUCGAAUAGGAUUCUACAACUGCAGCCAAUCAUCAAAUGGCGGCACCAAACAGAUGUUAAGAUUUAACGGUAUCUACUUUGGUGAAUCUGGUAAUAAGAGUAUUGGUCUAACGAAAUCGAUGAGCACAUGUCAGGGUGCUAGCAAUGAUUGUAGCGAUGAUGUCGUUCAAUGUCCGAAGGGAAAUGUAUCUACACAAUUUUAUAAAUUUGAAGCACCGGAUCCCAAAACUGGUGUUUAUACACAUCCAAUACCACCCAAAACCAACAGACAAUAUCAGUCACAAAGACUCUAUACACAUCCAACUGUGACAUUAACUGAGACUAGGGAUACAUGUUAUUCAAAAAUGGGUGGCAUCUAUGUGGUACGAUAUGCUAAUGGUAUUUAUGCUUUAGUAGCGUUUACUCCAUUGGGCUAUUUGAUCAGUGUUACAUCUAAUAAACGAAAUAAAGACGGGACAUUUAAUCGUGGUACAAGUGUCGGUAUAUGGUUUUGUUCUACGACUAGUCAAUCAAUGAGUGGACAAUCAAAUUAUUUUACUUAUCCAGCAAAUACACAAACCAAAGGACAAAAGAUGAUUUCGUCAACAUUCUAUAUUCAAUGCCCAUCAUCUACCUCAUAUGAUAAUUGUUUAGGAACACAACAAGAACUAGUCAGUCGACUUUAUGUUACACCAAUUAUUAAAUCAUGUCAUUUAACAUAUUCCGGUAUUUAUUCAAUAACUAUCACCAUUACAACACCAUUUAAACUCACUGUUCAAAGUGUACUAAUUCUCUAUCGUAAUGGUGUAGUCUUUGGUGCUGGUCAAAAUGAAAAUGAACCGCAAAAUCCUACCGGUAAUACAUUGGGUACAUGGCAGUGUACUAGUAAAACAAUAACUUUUAAAGCAAUUUAUAUUGGUUAUACGUCAGCAACACGUACAGCACCAAUAUUUAUUGCAACGAAUAAUAAACUUACAUGUCAACAGAACACUCGAUGUAGUGGAAAUUAUGCUGAUAAUAAUUAUGCAUUACAAUUACCAUUAAAUGGUACAUUUUCUAAUAAACCAACUGCAUCUAUUAACGGUACAGUUACAAUCAGAAAAUUAGAUUAUAAGGAGUAA